GUAUGGACUAUUUGAUCAAACUGUUCUCCCGGAUGAGUGAUUCGGGUACCGCAUUGAGUGAACAUGAAGCCACCGCUCUACUUCCCUAUUUGGUCAUGAAAGCUGGCGACUCGAAAGAUGCUGUGCGACAGAGUGUGCGUAAUAUUUUCAAGCUUGUGGUCAAUUUGUACCCACCCAAUCGACUGUUCGUUUUCGUCUCGAACGGGGUGAAAUCCAAGACGAAUAAAACCAGACAGGGUAGGUCCGCGGUGUGCUCGGACAAUACUUUCUCUCAGUGUGUAGUUUGUUCCGAUAGAUAUUAUUUUUAUCAUCUCCAUUUUAUUCUAGUACGUCACAUAUCUCUAUGA